AGCUUUUACCACCAAGCUCUCGCUGUGCAGAAUUUGCACAAGCUGUAUGAUUCAGGUGCUCUUGGAUUUCGGUAUGACAUGCCAUGCUUUUGCGCGCCAUUUUUGGCAACCUGUGGUGUUUGUGGUACGUGCUGGCAGAUGACCUGCCUUGUCGAUUGAGAGUGGCGCAUUGCAUUGUUGGGCAUGUACGCACAUUUUGGCAGGAAUCAGUGUACCAAUCGAUUGCCGAUGUCCUUGUGGCACGAGCUUCUCCCUUCCACUGUGCUGAUUUCUUCUACGUCCUGGGAAUGUCAUCAAACUUGGAUACUUUCAAGGGAGGAGUCUAUGAUUACAACGAGACGCUGCUCUGGAACACUGCAUGGAAAGUCUUGCCACCAACAAAGUACUUGCUAGAGCCUCCACCACCUACCGGUCCUCGUCACACGUCCUAUCAUCAACCAGACUGCCUCUUCCAAUGUGCCCACAUGUUUGACAAGGUACGACUUUGCCUUGAACUAGUACGACAGUAUGAGAGGGAAACAGGGCAGAGGUAUGCAUGGAUUGUCCGCAGCAGGCCAGAUUUGCAAUGGGCUGCCGAAACGGAGAUGCCAUCCUUGGAAGAGCUAUCAAACUCAAGUAUUUACACCGCAAUCACUCGGAAUUACAUACAAGAUAGCAUUUGCAAAGAUCCAGUGCAGAUAGUCCCACGAGGCUUUGCUGAAGAUAUUUUUGACAGGAUCCUUGACACAUGUCUUUUGCGCAGAGAUUUGGAAGGCGAAAUCUGGAAUUGUGAUACAUGGAUUCAGCGCUUUUGCGACUCCAGACACAUCCCCAUCACGCUUCUCAGGCUGAUUGCCAUGAUCCAUCGGCUUCCGAGCAUCAAGGACAACUUUUUUGACUACCACGACCAAUGGUAUCAGCAUGUGCGGUUCGCUCAGCAGUUGCUGCCAGACUCGAUCUUUAUUUUAGGGAAUGAGGAUGAGGGCUUCUCAAAGAAAGACAUGAAGUGGUCCAAUUUCACUACUUCGAUUCCAGCUGCGCUUGAACCACAAGAAGGAUGCAUCACAGUAGCCGACAGUCAGUUUUGCAUGCCUGUGAAUGCUUACUUGAUCCAUCUACGAUUUGCCAUCAACACUUCUGCCAUCUACAAACUCAAAGCGAUCCACUUUGGCCUUUGGCGCACCUACCCACGGAAUAUCCAAAAUCUGGGAACGCAGCAGUCUAAGUUUCGAAAGAAUGCGAGUCAUUUCUGGUUCAGGAUUUGGUUCCCAGAAGUGCACGCUGAACUUCUGAAUGGUGUUAAUGCCAACGAGAUUCAAGAUGCACCUUUCCACUACAACUUGUGGACUCCUGUCCUCCUGCGAAGAGGAGAUUGUAUUUUUUGGACAUCCUGCGCUUCCAAAGAGGUGAGCAACCUGCGUUUCCCAGAUCGAAGGAGGCAUUUAUUGAGUGAAUCGCGCGUUUUGGCUUUCCCUUCCGGCACUUUACCAGCAGCGCCGCAAAUGAGACAUACGGCUGGGCCCUUUCACGCCGUGCAGCCAAGACAUCACAGUGCAGCAUUCACUUUGAUCAAGCAAGUAUCACUUGUCUAGUCGCAUGGGAGUUGCUCGAGCACAAAGCUACUGACAUUGCGGCAUGAUUCGUGGAGGAGGACUUCGAACCUCGGAGGCUACAAGCAGAAGGCGAAUCGAUGGUGAACGCAACGCCCAGGUAAUUGGAGUAUGGCUGCGUGCGACGACAAAAAGGCACCUUUCUCCUUUAGACCUUUAUAUUGUUUAACCUUUAAGCCCGCUCUUAAUUAAGUAGGCGCCUAUAUAUACUUAUAUAAUUGAGUAAGGGAGAAGCUCCUAGCCACUAGGACGCUACUAGUAUGGAGGCAGGAUAGCUCACGCUCGCACUAAUGAUUUGCUUCCUAGAUUUUUAGGGACACUUACAAUCUACAGCAUGUGUUCUGUGAUGUCGCUAACUUGUACGCUUAAAGGCUGCAAGCUAAGACAGUGCCUGUUGGAAGCACCUGUGGAGAAUGGUUUGGAAACUUAUGGAAAUCACCAUGUGGAUAAACACUCUACGCCUUCAAACUUUAAUUCCUUUCUUUUGUUUGAGGUCUGGAUUUUGGGCCUCCUUGGUAUUGCAGCCGAGAAGAGGGUGCCUUCUUUACUCCGAGCUAGCCCAGACUAUGCGCCGACCUAUGAUGAAAAGCGGGUGCCGCCCACACCUCUGGAGGUCUUGAGCGAGAAAACUGCGUUGGACGCCUUGAAGGCCAGAUCGUAACCUGUCAUGUUUGGCCAGGACUUUGAAGCUACGAAAGAGGAGACAACAGACCUUUUGAGAUUUGCAGAGGAGGCUGAAGAGCUGGCCAAAUCUGCCACCCACUCUGUCGAGAUUGGCAUGGAUGCAAUGGCAGAUAUUCCCGCUCGUGCAGACGGACUGAUAGGUCGCCGUUUAGAUCUGAAGCUUGCAAAGCCACUUAAAGAGCUGACGGAGUUGAAGGCAAAGCGUGCAUUGGCAGGGCAUCAUUGAGAAGCUAGCUGCGCCCAUG